AUGGACGUCAAAGCCACAUUUACUAUACGUAUCUUAGCUUCAUUGGUUAUUUUGGUGCCUGUCCUAUGUGGUUUUGUAUUGCAAGCACUGCUAGGAAUUGCGCUCUAUUCAGUACGUUCACUCACUGUGUUCUUAUUAGGAUGGAAAACGUUCAAAUUGAAUAGUUUCUAUCUGAUUACACUACAGCUGAUGUGGUGUGAUGUUUGUGCUCUCACGCUGGAUCUAUUUUUCGCAUUCCCACUGACACUAACUGGAGUACAGUACAUGGGAGACAGUAUGGCUCUUUACUACAUACCGUUUGGUAUUCGAAGGAAUCGCUUAUCAAUGGCAUAUACAAUCUCUCGCUACUUCUUACUGUCAAUCGAUUUCUACUAUUCAUUUUUCCAAGAGUACAUAACGUAA